GUGACCUUCAGUUCAACAAUCUGUGAAUCGACGAUGUCCUCCUUGACUUUCUCUUUCGGAGCAUUCGGCGAUAUCCCGGCUUUAGCCCAAGUUGCAUACUCAUUGAUCACUACCUGCUAUCGUGCCUUCAACUCAGCCGACCAGUAUCGCUCUCUCAAAACUGAAGUUGAUAGCCUGUCGUGCAUCAUCGACUGCGCGCACACUAACAUCUCUUCGGACGAUGACGUGCACAUGAGCCCUGCGACAAAAUACGCUAUUCACGUCGCCUUCUCGAGGUCGCGAGAGUCGCUGGAGAAGAUGGGAAGAUUGCUGAAGGGUUAUGAAGGAUGUGUAGGGUAUGGCCGCAGAAGGAAUUUUUGGAGGGACUGUGUUUGGAGGGUGAUGUGACCUGUGUGUGGGGUGAUGACGAAGGUGGAAGGGUUGAGGAAGGAGGUAUUGGCGAGGAUGGUGGAAGUGAAUUUUAUGUCGUCGUCAGCGAGAGUAAAUGAAGUGAAUGAGAAGAAGAUGGAACCUUCUUCCGUCGACAAAAUGUACAGUACAUCGACGUCGCCGAGAUAUGGCAAAAGAACUGAGGCCAAUAGCCUUUCUUUGGAAACAGGUUCAGACAACCUGUCUUCCACGCCGAAACUUAACCCGGACGCUGCGCAGCCAACCAAUCUCUCCACCCCCUUCCAAGCACUCGGAGCAGGGAGCGACUCCAGAGACAGGCCGUCUCAUGCUCUCACCGCUUCCACGAGCACAGUGGAGGAACUUUCUCCACCGGAAGAGGCCCUGACCAUCGCGUCCUCAGAGAUGAAAGCCUUCGGAGCAUCUCGAACCAAUACGAACGCAGCCGAUAGCAACACACCAUCUGUCUAUCGUGGCACAAGGCUUCAAGUCGACUCUUUGGCCGACGCCACUCAGUUCACAGCUUCCAGCGACUCGACAAGCUGUCAGUCCGAUUCAUCCACCGACAUCGAAGCUCAGCUUUACCAUUCAACCACACCACCACUUCCCAGCAAAUUUUCCGUAAAAUGUCCUCCAUCUUUGCCAAGGUCGUGCUUCUUUCGAAACAAGCCUGCCACUCUUUUCGACGUCGUAAUGGUUUCGUCCCAUCAUCUGCGGUCGUCUGCGUUCCCUCUCAUCAUGGCUUCUCCUAGAGUGGAUGGAAAGCGUCCUUAUAUUGGACCAUCGACUCUGAGUUACGCACAGAGAGGUGUGGACGUGGCGAGGUUUUGA